AUGUUCCGAUCGUUGAAAGAGCAAGGAGUGUACGACGAGGAGCAAACUUUCACUGCAAGCAAUGGGUGGUAUGACAGGUUCCGGAAGCGCUACGGAUUGAAGAUGGCUGGGAUCAAGGGCGAGUGUGCAUCGUCAGAUACCGCUGCCUUCGAAAAGUUCAAGGCCCGCUUGAACAGAUUACUGUUCAAGGAGUGGUUCCACGGCCAGUUCGUUCCAUCGGUGAGGAAGUUUUCCGCGGAAAACGGCCGAGAACCGCGCGCUCUGCUCGUCCUCGAUAACUGUUCUGCACAUCACGACGGAGGAGAUGUUCUAGAAUGCGACGACGGGAAGAUCAAGGUGAUUUUCCUGUUGCCUAACGUAACAGCUCUCGGACAACCAAUGGAUCAGAGCGUAAUUAAUGCUGUGAAAAAGAGGUACAAGAAAAAGCUCAUGCUGCAUUUGUUGCUCGAUGACGAGGAAGCACUGUUCGAGGACAGGUUGAAGAAUGUUUCACUACGACAGACGAUUGAUUGUUUGGAUCAAGCUUGGACAGAAAUUUCAUCUAAGACGAUCGAGGGGUCAUGGCGUAAGUUGUUCGACGAGUUCCCAACGUUUGUCUUGGACGUGGAAGACAAUGCUUCUUUGGAUCAAGACGUCUUGGCCCUUGUCCAGGACACCGCUCGGUUCUUUCCGGACGACCAUACCAACGACGAGAUUAAGGAUUGGCUUAACGACAAAGUGUGCGAUAAAAAUGGCAACUUAAUCGUAGGCGAUUGCGACGUCUACAUGGACCAGGAGAUUAUCGACAGUGUUCUGGCCAGGGAUGAUAAGGAUUCAUUCGAUUUCGAUGAGGAUUGGCUGAUCGAAGAACCAGUUGAUGAAUCAAUCCUUGUUGAACGAUUCGACGAAGGGAGGGAAGAACAUCAGAAAUCAAUAGAAUGUGUUGGUUUUCUGAUCGCGCUCAUGGAUCGCAGGGAGGACGCGGCGGAAUCAAUUCGUCUUCGUAGUCUCCGGAGCAAAAUUGUUGAAACUGAGUGGCAGCGACGUCGCCGAGUGGAUUAG